AUGUCAGGGGCGAUCAACGUUGGCCCCCGCUACCUCAGCACAGGCUCUCCCAAAAGAUCCACCCACCACAGACAACCAGGACACCGGAGGUACAGCUACGAGAACUUUAUUAAAAAACUACCAUUAAACAAGGGGGUUCCAGUUAAAGCUGUCCUUUCCAUGACGCCAUGUUUCUUUUUCCUCUAUGUCAACUUUGUUGUGUUGGUCACCCUGAGGAGCAAGGCCAUCUUCCGAGAGACCUCACGCUACAUCCUGUUGACCAACAUGCUCUUUGUCGACACUCUGCAGCUGCUGCUAUGUAUGUUGAUGUAUAUAUUUGCUGUGGGGAAGCUGUACCUCAGUGGCUUUGUGUGUCUUGUUGUCCUGGUUUCCCUGAGCAUCGGUACCCGUAUCUCCCCAAUCAACUUGGCCGUUAUGUCUCUGGAGCGGUACGUCGCCAUCUGCUUUCCUCUGAGACAUGCUGAGAUCGCCACCAGCAGGAGGACAGGUGUGGCCAUUGGCGUUAUAUGGGUGCUGGGUUCACUAAAUUCUCUGACUGACAUACUUGUGUUCGUGAUCACAGGAUCUACAUUUGCCUCCACAUCGGGAUUCUGUUCAAGAUCCCUUGUGUUUCAUCUGGAGGUUUAUGAAGUUAUAAAUAAAACCUACUCAGCUGUCUACUUCCUGUCAGUUGGGGUCAUCAUUAUCUACACAUAUAUUGGCAUCAUGGCAGCAGCCAGGUCAGCUGCCUCAGAUAAAAUGUCAGCAGCCAAGGCCCGUAAAACAGUCUUGCUGCACUUGAUUCAGCUGGGGCUAUAUCUUGCAUCUUUCUUAUAUGACUCCAUAUCCUUAGUUGCGUAUGCACACCUGGACCGUAUGUCUGCCUUGAACAUACAGUAUGUCAUGUUUCUGGGGCUGGUCAUCUUUCCAAGAUGUCUCAGUCCUCUUAUAUAUGGCCUGAGAGAUCAGAUGUUCAGGCCAAUACUCCUCUAUUUCCUUUGCUCUCUGCCAGUUUUUCCUUAG